GAGCCCACCGCUCGGGCCCCGAUGAGUAACUCCCGGAAUAACCGGGUGAUGGUGGAAGGGGUCGGGGCCCGAGUAGUGCGCGGCCCGGACUGGAAGUGGGGGAAGCAGGACGGCGGCGAGGGCCAUGUGGGCACUGUCCGGAGCUUCGAGAGCCCGGAGGAGGUGGUGGUGGUGUGGGACAACGGCACCGCCGCCAACUACCGCUGCUCCGGGGCCUACGACCUGCGCAUCCUGGACAGCGCGCCCACGGGCAUCAAGCAUGAUGGAACCAUGUGUGAUACCUGCCGUCAACAACCAAUCAUUGGCAUACGAUGGAAGUGUGCAGAGUGUACAAAUUAUGAUUUGUGCACAGUUUGUUAUCAUGGAGAUAAACAUCAUUUAAGGCAUCGCUUCUAUAGAAUUACUACACCAGGAAGUGAGCGGGUUCUGUUAGAGUCUCGUAGAAAAUCUAAGAAGAUUACAGCCAGAGGGAUCUUUGCAGGUGCCAGAGUGGUACGAGGAGUAGACUGGCAGUGGGAAGAUCAGGAUGGAGGAAAUGGACGUAGGGGAAAGGUAACGGAAAUCCAAGACUGGAGUGCAUCAAGCCCACAUAGCGCGGCAUAUGUUCUCUGGGAUAACGGUGCUAAGAACCUUUACAGAGUGGGCUUUGAAGGCAUGUCUGAUCUGAAGUGUGUCCAGGAUGCCAAAGGAGGUUCUUUCUACAGAGAUCACUGCCCUGUGUUAGGUGAACAAAAUGGCAACAGGAAUCCUGGUGGAUUGCAGAUUGGUGACCUGGUAAAUAUAGAUCUUGACCUAGAAAUUGUACAGUCUUUGCAGCACGGUCAUGGAGGAUGGACUGAUGGCAUGUUUGAGACUUUGACUACAACUGGAACUGUUUGUGGCAUUGAUGAAGAUCAUGACAUUGUGGUACAGUAUCCAAGUGGCAAUAGGUGGACCUUCAAUCCUGCUGUUCUCACUAAAGCAAACAUUGUUCGAAGUGGGGAUGCUGCUCAAGGUGCAGAAGGAGGCACCUCACAAUUUCAAGUGGGUGAUCUAGUACAAGUUUGUUAUGAUCUGGAAAGAAUUAAACUUCUACAAAGAGGACAUGGAGAGUGGGCUGAAGCUAUGCUUCCAACUUUAGGUAAAGUUGGCCGUGUACAACAGAUUUAUUCAGACAGUGAUUUAAAGGUGGAAGUUUGUGGCACAUCUUGGACAUAUAAUCCAGCAGCAGUUUCCAAGGUAGCGUCUGCCGGAUCAGCCAUUAGCAACGCAUCUGGUGAAAGACUCUCCCAACUGUUGAAGAAAUUAUUUGAAACCCAAGAAUCUGGUGACCUCAAUGAAGAAUUAGUUAAGGCUGCUGCCAAUGGAGAUGUUGCUAAAGUGGAAGAUUUGCUAAAAAGACCAGAUGUGGAUGUGAAUGGACAAUGUGCUGGUCACACAGCUAUGCAAGCUGCUAGUCAGAAUGGACAUGUUGACAUUUUGAAGUUAUUGUUGAAGCAAAAUGUGGAUGUAGAAGCAGAGGACAAAGAUGGAGAUAGAGCUGUUCACCAUGCAGCUUUUGGAGAUGAAGGUGCUGUUAUAGAAGUACUACAUCGAGGCAGCGCUGAUUUGAAUGCUCGCAACAAACGCCGACAGACACCCCUUCACAUUGCUGUUAAUAAAGGUCAUCUUCAAGUUGUGAAGACUUUAUUGGACUUUGGCUGUCAUCCCAGUCUUCAGGAUUCUGAAGGUGAUACUCCUCUUCAUGAUGCAAUAAGUAAGAAACGUGAUGAUAUCCUCGCAGUUCUUCUGGAAGCUGGAGCAGAUGUUACCAUUACAAACAAUAAUGGAUUUAAUGCUCUACACCAUGCUGCACUAAGAGGAAAUCCCAGUGCAAUGCGUGUUUUACUGUCUAAGUUACCGAGACCGUGGAUUGUGGAUGAGAAGAAAGAUGAUGGUUAUACUGCCUUGCAUCUGGCUGCCCUUAAUAAUCAUGUGGAAGUGGCUGAAUUGUUGGUACAUCAGGGUAACGCAAACCUGGAUAUCCAGAACGUGAACCAACAAACGGCCCUACAUCUUGCUGUUGAACGACAGCACACCCAGAUUGUGAGGCUUUUGGUCCGUGCAGGUGCCAAAUUAGAUAUUCAGGAUAAAGAUGGGGAUACUCCUUUGCAUGAGGCUCUGAGGCAUCACACUUUGUCUCAGCUACGUCAGCUCCAGGAUAUGCAAGAUGUAGGGAAGGUCGAUGCUGCCUGGGAGCCAUCCAAAAACACAUUAAUAAUGGGACUUGGUACCCAGGGAGCAGAGAAGAAGAGUGCAGCGUCUAUUGCCUGUUUCUUGGCUGCUAAUGGUGCAGACCUUAGCAUUCGAAAUAAGAAGGGUCAGUCACCGCUUGAUCUCUGUCCUGAUCCAAGUCUCUGCAAAGCACUGGCCAAGUGUCAUAAAGAAAAAGUCAGUGGUCAAGUGGGUUCUCGCAGUCCUUCUAUGAUUAGUAAUGAUUCUGAAACCUUAGAAGAGUGUAUGGUAUGCUCAGAUAUGAAGAGAGACACUCUUUUUGGCCCAUGUGGACAUAUUGCUACCUGUUCUUUAUGUUCUCCUCGCGUCAAGAAAUGCCUCAUCUGUAAAGAACAAGUUCAAUCAAGGACAAAGAUUGAAGAAUGUGUGGUAUGCUCAGACAAGAAAGCAGCUGUUCUUUUUCAACCGUGUGGACACAUGUGUGCCUGUGAGAACUGUGCAAACCUGAUGAAAAAAUGUGUACAGUGCCGGGCAGUAGUUGAACGAAGAGUGCCUUUCAUUAUGUGUUGUGGAGGGAAAAGUUCAGAAGAUGCCAGCGAUGAUAUCUCAAGUGGAAAUAUCCCCGUGUUACAGAAAGACAAGGAUAACACCAACGUCAACGCGGACGUGCAGAAGCUGCAGCAGCAGUUACAGGACAUUAAAGAGCAGACAAUGUGCCCUGUGUGUUUGGAUCGCCUGAAGAAUAUGAUUUUCCUUUGUGGCCAUGGAACGUGCCAGCUCUGCGGAGACCGAAUGAGUGAAUGCCCUAUUUGUCGCAAGGCUAUUGAACGAAGGAUUCUUUUGUAUUAACAAGAAACUCAGUGUAUUUUGUUAGCUAAGGUAUUUGGUCAUGAGCUCUUAGUAAGCUUUUAAGCUAGUUGGAGUUCUAAUGAAUUAAUUUUUUAAUAUCAUAGUUUCUUUACUAGAGUGUGAUUAGACUGUAAAUGUACCAGAACAAAAAAACAACUCUAUAAAACAGUGUUUGAAGUUGUGGGGGUUUUUGGUUUGUUUUUUAAUUUGAAACAUCAAAUCCAUGUGAUUCAUAGGUAAUUUACUUUUGGCUUCUAAGGGGAAAAAAUAAUUUAAAGAUCUCCUGUUAUUUUUGUUUUUAUUUCAUUUUCUCCUAUGGUUUAUGAAUUUGUUAGACCUCAUAAGAUACACUUCCUUAUGAUCUGCUUUCCUUCAGUUUAUCAUGAUUUUAUAAAAUAGUGAGCUGACACAGGUACUCAGAAAAUUUAUGCAUCAAAUAAAUGAAAGGGGCAAGGCAAACUAUUAUGUCACAUAUGUUAAGGGAAUAUUGAAGAGAGAAUUCUCUUUAAGAUAACAUAAAGUUAUCUAAAUGAUUGUUUCUGGAUUCUUAGAGUAAAUGGAAACAUAGAAUGAGAGAAUACUGACUUCGCCUGUAGCUUAUUUUCUAGAUCUAAAUGGAAAAGGAAAUUUGAAUCAAAUCGCCAGUUUCAAAAUGACUGAUAGAUAUGAAAAGGAGAAAUAAACAAUCAUAAUAGGGAACUGAAGGGAGGAAAAUUAUCCAAUAAAAGAGUAUCUAUUAACUAACUAUUAACACUUGCCUUUCUUAAUUUAUACACUGUUUAGUUCAGCCAGCCUUAAAAAGAAAGUGUUAGUGAAAAUUGUACCUCAGUUUUCUCUAUGGUUACUUAUCUAGGCUUGAUCUCUCCAGUAAAAUGAUAUUCCCCUGUUUGGCCUCUGAGGUUCGAUUUAGCUUUUCUAAUAUACUGAACAGUAGUAACCCAGUGAUCUGAGAAGAUGAAUGCAUUGUCCAAAGGCAGCAAUCUUUUCUUCUCCAUAUCUAUUAAUUCUGACAGUGUUACUGAUUCUACCUUCAUCAUGGCCUUGCUUCCACUCUCUCUCAGAUAGUAUGGCUUACUAUAAAGAAAACAGUCUCUCUUUAUUCCUACAGAUGAGGAUAUUAUGUAAACUGCCAACAAUAUCCAAGAUGUAGUAAAUAACCCAAUAAUACAUACUUUCUUUAGAAAGAGUGACUAGGACAUUUACAGAGAUAUGUCUGAUUACCUAAUCUAAAUACGUAGAUUUUUUUAUACUCAGACUUUGACUUUAGAGCAUCUAAUCACUUUCUGUCUUUUGAAUGAGUAAUCUUACAACACCCAGAAUGAAUAUACACAUAAAUAAGUGUUUUGGGGUUCAUUGCUGCUAGAUUACAAAAAUAUCAGCUGUUUACAGUAUUGUCUACUAUAUAUUGUGUAUAAACUUACUUCUAAGGGUAGUUAUCUUUUUUUGUAGUUCCCACCCCCCACCCCUUUGAAUCUAAUUCUUGUCAGUUUUUCUGCUACAACAACUAACUUUGAAAGUACAACGUCUCUAGCUCUCAGAACGUCAUAUUUCUGGCUAUUUAAUAACUGCUGCCUUUGCAAGACCUAGUGAAAACAAUAGUGAGCUUUGCUGGCUGAUUUUGUACUCUUGGUAAUUACAUAUCUGUGUUUAGCUUAGUAACUUACCAUUUAGAACAGUAAAAUUUUUAUAAAUUUACAUUUGAAAAUUUAUAUUGACUCUACUCAGUUACCUAAUAAUGGGCCACUGAGGCUAUUUUUUAAGCCAUAUUUUGAAGUUAUAAAAAGAACAUCUGACUGAUGAUAUUCACAUAAAGAGACAAAUGGACUGUUUUCUUUUAAGAUUGAAAAUGGCAAAAGUCAGAAUUUUCCUUUUCUUCCAUGCCAUGGGCCGGCCACCCAGCUCUUUUCCAGGAGAUCAGCUGGUAAGGAGGGAGCACUGGGCUGACUCAUGCAUCGUUUGGCCGACCAGAGAGUCAUGUGGUCCAGAGCUCUACUUUACUUAAAUCUUUUUUAUUUGUCUUCUGAGCUGCAGUGCUAAAACAUAUAUUCCUAAAAGGACAUUUCAUUCCCACCGUAUUAAAGUUUAUUUCCACCGUAUUAAAAAUAUAAUAACUUAUAAACUAUUACAAAAGUCAAAGUCACCAUAAUUUUAGUGCUGUGUCCUUGCGGGUUUUCUGUAUUUGUACUGCUUUGAAAUUUAUUUAAUGAGUAGAAAAUGUUUCUCUAUUCAUGUUUUCAAGCACCUAAAAAUUAUUUUAAAUUUGUUUUUGGGAUUGUGAGAGCGAAUAAGAUUAAGAACCUAAUUGUUUAAAUGACUUUCCUCUAACUCUGGGAAACUGCUACCUCUAAUUAUAUAUGUCUCUCAGCAGUACUUUCCCAAUUAGGUAUGUUUUCUUCUCAUAGCUAUGUAUCAUCUCUUUAUCUUGUCCCUCAAGGAACUUUUACUUUUCCUAUAAUCAUUAAAAAAAACACUGGCAUGCGUUCAUUCAAAAACUAUUUAUUAGGCUUUAGGGGCUAGAUAUACAACA